AUGGCAACGGAAGCCCAAACCUCCCAGGAUCCCGGUGCGGGCUUCGACUUCAAGCUCUAUCGGUAUACUCCAUCACUGCCUGCGGCUAUUGUCAGCGUCGGUGUCUUCGCCAUCCUCACACUGCUUCACACCUGGCGUCUAUACAGAGCACGGGCUUUCUACUUCACCGCGUUCACUGUUGGCGGAUUGUGUUACUGCGGUAGAAUAUGGAGUCAUUACGACAAGUUGUCAAUCGGCGGUUUCAUCAUCCAAGCUAUCCUUAUUCUCGUCGCUCCAGCCCUAUACGCCGCUUCAAUCUACAUGAUACUGGGUCGGCUCAUUCGAUCAGUCAGGGGCGAGCAUCUUUCGUUAAUCCCGGUUGCCUGGGUGACUCGGAUCUUCGUCACUGGGGAUGUGAUUGCAUUCUCCUUACAGGCGGGAGGCGGAGGCAUACAAGCAGCGGGGACUUUGGACCUUUACCUCGCUGGAGAGAAAAUCAUUGUCGCAGGACUGUUUGUCCAGAUAGUUGUUUUUGGGUUCUUCGUCCUAACCUCCCUUCUCUUUCACUACCGUCUCGCGAAGAACCCUACGAGCACCGCGAGUGGGAGCACGCCCUGGAAGCGGUACCUUUGCGUGCUUUAUAUCACGAGCGCCAUCAUUUUGGUCCGAAGCAUCUUCCGAGUCGUCGAAUAUCUGCAGGGAAACGGCGGUUAUCUCAUCUCGCACGAGAUAUUCCUUUACAUAUUUGACACUGUUUUAAUGGCCAUAACGAUGGCCAUUUUCUUGAUUUGGUAUGUUGCACAGCUAGAGGACAAAAACCAGCGAAAGUCGGAGGAAGACAACGGAACGUCAGGAUCGAACGAGUUUAUGUUGGAAGAGAGACGCAAGUGA